AUUGUGGUUUAUUUUUCCAAGGAGGAGUAACUGAUGGGAUUGAAAAUGACAACAAAGGUAAUAAGGAUGCGGCUCUUGAGCAGUGCGUGGACUUCAUCUUGGAAGAAAAGAAGGAAGCAGGCAUCCAACCCAACGCAAGAGUCAAAAACUCAAUUACCUGGAUUAUCCUCAUACUAUUUGUCAUUCAGAUUUUGGGCUUGGUAACCACCAUCUUCGUUUUUACAAAAGCUAAACCUCAGUUGCCUGCUGCUGCUGCUGCUACCACUUCCUGUUGCCCAAUGGGCUGGCACAUGUCCCAAGGGAACUGCUACCAUGUUUUGGAAACCCAAGAGAGCUGGAAUGCUAGUCAGAAUCGCUGUCUCUCCCUUGGGGCCACCUUGGCUGUUCUGGGGGAUCUAGAGAAACUGAUUGGUGCCGUGAAUGUCAGGGAGCCCUUUAACCACUGGAUUGGCCUCCACCGAAGUUCUGAAGACAGAUGGAAAUGGCCGGAUGGGACUCUAUUCAAAAACCUCUUCAAAGUGGAAGGAGACGGAUGCUGUGCUUAUUUGAGGAGCAGAGCUGCAAGCAGCGGCGAUUGUGCUGUGGGGAAGAAAGGAUUGUGCAGCCUGAAAGGAUUAAUGAACCACAAACUCUGCCGGUCGACAUGACCUCCACUCUGAAGAAUUCUUUCCGUACAAAAAGGGAGUCAGAGCCCUUCAUUGCCACUGUGUGUGUGUGUGUGUGUGUGUGUGUGUGUGUGUGUGUGUGUGUGCAC